AUGUCGCAGAUUUCGUGGAUGUCACCGGACUAUCCCUUCGUCAAGUAUGACGGACCUCCUCGCAACAUCGCCUACAUCGAUCAACUGGAGUUCGACCCUCAGAUCCAGCCUGUAAACUACGAGAUUUCCGGUACAGCUUCGUCUUCGAAAGUACUCAUCUUGGACGUCGAGAUCUUGGAGGCCACUGGCCGGGAGCCUUAUCGAGGAGAUGUUCUCAUUGUGGGCCAAAAGUUCGCACAUGUGGGCACGGUCCCCAACAAAGAGCAACUCUUAGCCGAUACAAAAGUGCGGGUCUUCCAUGGGAGAGGCCGCACACUGAUGCCAGGACUCGGGGAUGCCCACACUCAUUUCACAUGGAACGGAGGCGACUUAGAUCGUCUGGGCAAACUCGGCGUCGAAGAGCAUACACUUCUUACUGCGAGAAGCGCGGAAUGUUUCUUGGAUUCCGGUUACACUAUGUGUUUCGGAGCCGCAUCUGCUAAGAAACGUCUGGAUGUUGUCAUAAGGGACGCUAUCAACGCAGGCGAUAUCCCUGGCCCGCGAUUCCUGGCAAAUGGUCAGGAAAUGGCCCGAAGGGGAGGGGAGCUAGUCGGAGGAAUCACUGCCUAUGCGGAUGGUGAGACUGAAAUGAGAGACGUUAUCCGUGAACAUAUUGAUCUUGGAGUGGACCAGGUCAAACUGUCGAUGUCCGGAGAAUCGAUCACGGAGGUUCGAGAUGCUGAGGAUUGCUAUUUCACCCCAGAGGAAACGGCUGCAUGUGUUGACGAGGCCCAUAAACAUAAGAAGCGCGUUUGCUCUCACGCGCGAGCCAGAGACUCUGUCCAGCAAAGUAUUGAUUUUGGCGUGGAUGUGAUUUAUCAUGCAUCCUAUAUCGACGAGAAAGGCAUGGAUACCCUCGAGAAGAAUAGAUCCAAGCAUGUCGUAGCACCAGCCAUUAAUUGGUUGAUAGCCACCCUUCAUGACGCUGUGAUGUUCGGCUAUACAACAGAGAAGGCUGAACAGGUCGGGUACCAGAAGGAACUCGAUGCAGCUGAUCGUGCCAUACGGGAGAUGCAUCGAAGAGGAAUAGUCAUACUUCCAGGAGGCGAUUACGGGUUUGCUUGGACACCACAUGGCACCUAUGCGCGAGACCUUGCUCACUUUGUUGACCGUUUCGGCUUCACGCCACACGAGUCAAUUAUUGCAGCAACUUACGGCAUGGCUAAAUUGUUCAUGCGGUCUGAUGAAAUGGGCCAAAUCAAAGAAGGUAAUUAUGCGGAUUGUUUAGUUGUCGACGGAGAUCCAUUGAAAGACAUUUCAAUCCUGCAAGAUCAUGAUAAGUUGAACAUAAUCAUGAUCAAUGGUCGCGUUCACAAGGCAGGAGUGAAGGAGUACAUUCCUCCGAUUCAGGAUCCCACUGGUGUGCACUACAAGACGAAUGAGAUGCUUCCAAUGGAACGAACCAUUCCGCUCGUGUCAUGA